CACACACACUUUGAGUAGUCUCACAAUCACCUAGUGUUCAUGUGUAGUUGUGUGUGUGUGUGGACACAUACGUUCAUUUCACACGACAAGACUAAAUGACCGGUCAGGACCUACCAUAAGUUUCUAGUUCAAUAAGUCAUGUGUCUGGAGACAUUGAAUAAAUUUCUAGGUCAUCUCUCCUUAAAAUUUUAGGUGCUUUCGUGUGUUGGGCGUCGACACUUACACGUACACACGAGGCGAGCAAGUGGAUACAGUUUCUCAGAAACCAUUAACGAGGCUGUGAAGUGUGUUUACUUCUGCUGCCGCAAACAGUCAUCUGACCCCGUGGUUUUCUGAGAAACAGCGAAACAUGUCGGUGAGGGAUAAAUGCUACUCUUGUCAUGUCAUGAAGAUUGAUGGUACUCGUGCACCUCUGUCACGUGAAUCAUUUAUUUUUCUAGGGGAUGUGUGCUAUUUUGGGUACUGCGAAAUUUUGACCCACAAAGUGGAAAGAAUAUAGAAGUGGACACGAAGGAGACAAUUGAAGUAGACUGGACACUACAGACUUCACAAGCAGCAGAGGCCUUUAAGAACACAGCUUCUUAUCAAUCUACUCUUGGACGCUGCAAGUUUCUCAGUGUAUGCAGCGAGAGAAUAAUAUUAGCCGGAGACCAGUCACAAUGGCCUCAAGUUAUGUCUUUCUCCUUGUUGGGAAGACAGGCAAUGGGAAGAGCAGUCUGGGAAAUUGUCUUUUAGGACAACAGGACUUCCUGACUGGUUGUAGCAUGUCUUCAACAACAACUAGAGCUGAGAAAAGGUCAAGAAUCAGAGGUGAAGUAACUAUAACGGUUGUGGAUACUCCGGACAUCGUUAACCUGGACUACAGUGCUGAGGAAAGGAGGGAGGAGAUCCAGAGGUGGAAGGCGCUGACGUCACCCGGCCACCCGACCAUUCUACUAGCCGUGCGCUGUGACGUGCGCUACACGGCCGAGGAGUACGCCAUCUACAAGGAGUUCAAGAGUCUGUGGGGAGACAAAUCCAGCAUCAAGCGCCAACUGGUUGUGGCCUUCACCUUCGGUGACAGGCAGGACAGAGACCUCCGUGAGGAGCUGAAGAGCGUGUGUCCCGAGCUGAAGAAAGUCUUGAGAGACGCUGACAACCGCUACGUGCUCUUCAACAAACAGGACCCGGACAAAGAGCAGCAAGUGAACAAACUACUCAAAAUCAUAAUUUCCCGUGAGAGAUCCCCUAACCCUAACCCUUCUCUCCGCAUCCGCAAGAUACUGUCCGUGGUGUGCUUGGUCAUCCCCCUUCUUGCUGCAGUCGGCUGUAUCGUUGCUGGCGUCUUCGAUCAACUGGAAAUAACGAUCGGCCUCGGGGUGUUCGGUCUCAUGACUGCUGUGGUGUUACUAGUGUGUGGGUAUGAAGCUCGGAAACAUAGCCGAGGUAGUCUCAUGAACCCGUAAGAAAUUUGCAUCGCACGAUUGAUCCUCGUUAUUUUAAAACAUAUUAUGUUUGUCAUCAUUCAUUAUCUUACCCGCCAAGCCCUGCUCUCAACCUACUUUGUUACAGAAUGUAUUUUGUUCAAAGCUCCCCUAGUUAUGGACCAUAUUUAUACACCCUCGUUAUGUCACCCAACAUUUGUGGUCGGCGGAUGGAAAGAAAGCCAUUUCAAGUUAUCAGAUCCCAAGAGAACGAACCAUUGGCAGACAUUUUUUUCUUGACGAUGUGCCAGACCUUGAAAUCGCAAAGCCCAUAACAAUCUUCAAACACACCAUAAAACUUAAACAUUUCUAUGUAUGUGUGAACUGAGUUAUAGCAUCUUAUGUGUCCCGAUUAUUCAACAACUGCAAAAAAAAAAAAAAAUAAAAAAAAAAUAAUAAUAAUAAAUAAAAGAAAUAAAAGAAAUAACUCGGAGAA